AGACCCCAGUCCGGAUAAAUAGUAUCUUUGUAGAAAAUCCCUUAAUUUUUUAUGUUAUAUGAAGUGGGUGAAAGGAUUCAAGCUGGAAAUCACCGCACAUUCCAAUGGAUGUAGCAACUUGCUUCUUUCUUUUACGUAUCGUAAACAAAGGCUGCUUCACACAAACUACAUCAAUUUGCAUUCGAUUUUGGUUUCAGCUCUCUCUCUAAAAAUCUCCUAUAUCAUCAAUGAUGACCAGGCCGGUGUAGUUGAUGUGUCUUGGCCUCCAUGGCUUCAAACAUAGAGAGUUAUACUCAGGAUGCUUUUGGUGAUCCUUAUGUGUUCCAUGAAGCUGAUAAUGAAGAAACAAGUGAGAGAACGGCUGAAUUUUUGCUCCCAGGUUUGCGAUUUCUCUCGAAAUCAAAUGCUUGGGCUGGUCCUGAUCAUUGGAAAUUUAGGAAAGUGAAAGGUUCAGAGGAGGUUCUGGAUUCUUCAAACAAUCCCCUGAUGGAAACGAAGCGGCCAAAGAACAAAAAGCAAGAACCCUCUUUCAUUGAUUUCAUGAAGUCUUUUGAGUUGGAGAGACUAGAUUAUUUUAAUCCUCCUAAAAAUCUAAAGACAUUAUUAUUGCCUGGUAAUAAUGCUCCUUGAAACACCACUCUUCCAGAGGAUUGUCACUAUCAACCUGAGAAUCUGGUUAAAUUUGUUUCUGCUUCCAUGCGUCAUGGUAAAUAUUGCCACCAGGGUGUAAAUCCUUGCCUGGUAUUUCCUUUUGUCUUGGAAUAUUAUAUGUUUGUUUGUUUGUUUUAUGCUGAUGAAUAAAUACUUCUGUUGUCUUGUAGUGCAUUGGAAUGAAAAGAAAAAAAACAUUUGGUAAGCUAUAUUACCAUUUCCUCUUCUCCUAGAUGUAUAUUCACUGCGUGGCUUAAAAUUUAACUUUCAUGGCAUUUUUGUCAUUAUCCAUGGAAAUGAUUUUGUUUUAUCUAUGUCAUAAAUAAACCUUGUCGUUUAUCCAAUUGUGAUCCAUAUGUUUCAUUUUUUCUUCAUUUUAGUUUAUUUCUUUGGUUAUUAUGAUCAUUGAUAUUGAUUCAGUCCUUCGAUAUAACAUUCAAUGCAUGUGAACCUCGGUAACUUUGCAAUGCUCAUCAAAAUGAUGUAUCAUGAUUGCAGGCAUUGUGUCCUAGUAUGGUAACCUGCUCUGCUAGAUUUAACAAUUCUCAGCUUGAUUCCUAGCUGCUUUGUCUAGAUGUUGUCUUUAAUAUCUUUUUUUUCCUGAUGAAAUUCUUUCCCUGGAGACAUGAACUCCUCUCCAGCCUUUUACUGUUAGGUAUGAACUAGUGCCGUGCGUAAGGGAUCAACUUCAGUAGACCAAAAUUCAAAUGUGAAAUUAUGAUAAGGUAAACAAAUCAACCCAUUAAUUGGCCAUGAUCAAUGAUCCUUUUUAUUGACAACAAAAUCAAAACUGUGAUAAUCUCAAAAAUUUGGAUAUUCUGUAACCAAGCCUGUUUGAAGAUGAAUGGGAUAUCUCUCAAUCCUAGAUAUAGUAUUUUCAUCACCUCUGACUUUCCUUAUUCAAGGACACCAAACUGGCAUGAGAUUUACCAAACUCAUAUAUUGAUAGAAAGCUUCUAGCUUUUAGAAAGCUAGAAGCACCUAUUUUUUCUUUCUUUCCCUUUUGUUUCUUUUGUUCUGUGCAUCACGGAAUAGUCCUGUACUUUUGAGGUAAAAACUUGUAUUUAUGGUGUGGACUAUUGGUUUAAACAACAAAGGAUGCCUUUAUAUGUACCAUUCUCAACUUGUCACAUCUAUAUUGUAGUGGGAAAACAAGUCUCAGGUCGUUCGUGGUCCUUGGGGCAGUGUACAUGUUGAAGGAAACUAAGCCAGAAACUAGUGUUAAACAAGCUGUUUUAACCUCUAAUUUCACUUUUAAAGUGGACCAUUCAUCCAAUACCCCCUUGAGAAAGUUCAAAUAGACAGUUAUAGAGAAUUGCCCUAUAUUCCGUAAUUUAUCAAGCUUUUGAGGUUUUUGUAUCUGUGGUCUUAAAUGGAAAUAAUAUUUGGACGCCUUGCUAAAAAUUUUAACUCAUCAGUGGUUGUUCAAUGGAUAUGGAGCUCGUAAUUCAUUGUUUUUGUGGCAAAUUACAUAGCACUGGAUGAUCCAAGUUAUCUAUUUAUGGUGAUGCUUUUUUAUAUAUAAUCAGUUAUGAGUCCUGCAAUUGGUGAUUUAAUGUGAAGUAUUUAAUUGACCUGUCUUUUAUUUUUGAUAGCUUAUACUGAAGACCUCAAUACAUCUGAAUCGGUACCAUCAUGGGAUGCAGCAAGUGACAUUUCUUCUCACCAUGACAAUUAAAAUAUUCAUAGCAAUAAUGAAGACUCAAGUGAUCUAGGACUCAAGUGAUCUAGUUUCUAAACCUCGGCAGCAGGAUUGAGGCCCAUACGCGCCUGACUUGUGGCAAUAAAUGUCCCCUUGAAUUUUAAAAGAAAAUUCAGACUUUACCCCCAACCUUUAAACGCCCGGUUCUCUCUAGACACGGGCGAUUUCACACAGGGCGAUUUCAUGAUGAUGGAAUCGGCGGCACCUACUUGCCUAGACACAGGCGAUUUCACACGGGGCUAUUUCACGAUGAUGGAAUCGGCAUCGACUCGCCUAGACAUGGGCGAUUUCACACGAGGCGAUUUCACGAGGAUGGAAUCGGCACCGACACGGGCAAUUUAGAGCAAUUUCACGAUGAUGGAAUCGACACUGACUCGCCUAGACACGGGCGAUUUCAUGAUGAUGGAAUCGGCACCGACACAGGCGAUUUAGAGCGAUUUCACGAUGAUGGAAUCGACACCAACUCGCCUAGACACGGGCGAUUUAGACAUGGGCGAUUUCACAUAUUGUGAUGGAAUCGGUACCGACUCGUCGAGUUAUCGCUACGAACCGCCCUAUUCUCUCGGCGCCGACUCGGACUCUACGAUGAUGGAAUUGGCACCGACUCGCCUAGACACGGGCAAUUUCAGAUAUUGUGAUGGAAUCAGCACCAACUCGUUGAGUUAUCGCUAGGAACCGCCCGGUUCUCUCAGCACCGACUCUACGAUGAUGGAAUCGGCACCGACUCGCCUAGACACGGGUGAUUUCACUUAUUGUGAUGGAGUCGACACCAACUCGUCGAGUUAUCGCUACGAACUGCCCGGUUCUCUCGGCGCCGACUCGGACUCCAGGAUGAUGGAAUCGGCACCGACUCGCCUAGACAUGGGCGAUCAAAACACGGGCGAUUUCACAUAUUGGGAUGGAAUCAGCACCGACUCGUCGAGUUAUCGCUACGAACUGCCCGGUUCUCUCGGCACUGACUCGGACUUGCCUAGACACAGGCAAUUUCACAUAUUGUGAUGGAAUCAGCAUCAACCCACCGAGUUAUCGCUACAAACCACCCGGUUCUCUCGGCACUGACUCACCGAGUUAUCGCUAUUUUCUCUAGACACGAGCGAUUUUGCAUAUUGUGAUGGAAUUGUGAUGGAAUCGGCAUGGGGAUGCCGAUUCCCAAAACACUGAUGUCAAGAGAUUAUUUUUAUUUAGGAGGGACGAACUGCCUGGUUCUCUCUA